AUGAAAGGGGACAACGCGAUGAGCCUGGAGGACAUCAAGAACGAGACCGUCGAUCUGGUAAUCUGCAGUCCAGCCCCAUUCUCUUUUGACCAUAAUUUCUGCUGUUCUUUGUUUUUUUCUCCUCCGUGCGGGGAUUUCCGGCUGGUUUCUGUCCAGUAGGAAUCGCUGUUCUUCGGCAGAUUUCGUCUCGUUAUUUUUGCCUUUGUUUUCGUUGCUGAUCGUCCGGGAGUGUGAGAACGGGAAGUGUGAAUAACAUUUGUUUUCGUUCUCCGCACCAUGGUCUCGUCGAGGAAGAGAACCGGCCGCGCCUCUUCGUUUUUCUUUUGGGGUUCACAGUAGCAUGCUUAGAAAUGAUAAGAGAGUCCAUGAUAUAUAUAUAUAUAUAUGAAAAUAUACACGCAUUUACAGGAGUAUUCGUAUAUGACUACUGUUCACUAAUUAAUUUUCCGGGGGGAAGGAACGCCUUCGUCUCCGAAAGCCGGCCGUGGGUUUGGUUUCUGUAACUUUCCAUACUUUCUCUCUCGCUCAGCCCCCCCAACCCUUGUUACUCUCGACUAGCGAAAGAUCGUGAUAAUAAGCUUUGUCUUGUCUCGAUUUAUCAGCGAAAGCCUGUACACAAGAUGUGCCCAUGAAUUCAGCUUUACAAUGUUGAGAGAGUGUGAAAAACCUAUUGAGCCUUCUGCAUGUAGCUCUUUCUUCUCCUUCCCUUUUUACAGUCGACGAAGCCGCCGCUAUGUGCGAGGAAACGGAAACUCUCUCUCUCUCACCCCCUACGCCGCUGAUCUUGACCUCCUAUCCUUUCCUUGUUUUGGACUGCCGUAAACGUCUGUCGAUCCAUUUUUGUGCUGGCGUAAAACGUGAGGGAUGUCAUGCUGUGUCCGUACCGAUUGACUUGUGCGGAAAUUAAUAUAAUAAUAUAACAGAAAUAGAAAAUAAACAUUUUCCCUUUUUCUUGUUUGCAAAAAAAAUCUCUAUUUUUUGCCGUCAAUACAUAUCAGAUGCGCUUCAUUUCGUCCUAAGUUUAUCUUGACUAAUUUUUAAUCACCUUCUCCGCCACAAUAUCAUAUCAUCAUUCUUAUUGGGUGCUUCCCAGAAACUAACCUUCUCGAUUCCAGUCAGUGGAGAGAGCCCCGUGACAGAUGCCAUACGAACAAUAUACGAUCACUUUUUCUCUUUUGAGAUAUUACUUUUUCUUUUUUUAUUAAAAAUAUACUGACAGAACCGUCACUGCUUGCCGUAGCCGAUAAAUCCGUCUUCUGCCUUUGAUCCAAUACACAUCGUGACAGAUUAGCAGAUCAUCGUACUCUUUUUCCGCUAUUUUUGUUAUUAAAAUAUCUGCGUUCCUCUGCCCUCCGCCGUGAGGUAUUCUUGCUGACGACAUGUAAUGGUGUCUUCGUUCAACUGUCAGGAGCAAAUCCCCAUAGAGGAGGUGUUCCAACAGCUGAAAUGUUCGAGGGAGGGUCUCUCUCAGCAGGAGGGAGAGAACCGGCUCCAGCUCUUUGGGCCCAACAAGCUCGAGGAGAAGAAGGUAUGGCAAACGGGGUCUCUCUUGGAACGAUGAGUUCUUCCCGGUGAAGGGUUCGUUCCCGCAAAAGGUGGUAGAUUUAACGCAUUUGAAACUUGUGGUCAACAGGAAAGCAAAAUUCUCAAGUUCCUGGGAUUUAUGUGGAAUCCUCUCUCAUGGGUCAUGGAAAUGGCUGCUCUAAUGGCUAUCGUCUUAGCCAACGGCGACGGGAAGCCUCCGGACUGGCAGGACUUCGUCGGGAUUGUUGUGUUGCUGGUGAUCAACUCCACCAUUAGCUUCAUCGAGGAAAACAACGCGGGAAACGCUGCGGCCGCCCUCAUGGCCGGACUUGCUCCGAAAACAAAGGUUCUGCCCCGUUCAUGACUGAACUAUGGAAAUUUCUGUUUAGUCCCAAUGAAGUGUUGAUGGUUCCUCAUCUCUAUUCUCUCCCUUUUUCGGGUAUCAAGGUUCUCCGAGACGGGCGAUGGAGCGAGCAGGACGCUUCAAUUCUAGUUCCGGGGGAUAUCAUCAGCAUUAAAUUGGGUGAUAUCGUCCCUGCCGAUGCCCGUCUUCUUGAGGGCGAUCCCUUAAAGAUUGACCAGUCUGCGCUUACUGGAGAAUCCCUUCCGGUGACCAAGAAUCCAGGGGACGAGGUCUUCUCUGGUUCCACCUGCAAGCAGGGUGAAAUUGAGGCGGUCGUCAUUGCCACCGGUGUUCACACUUUCUUCGGAAAGGCUGCCCAUCUGGUGGAUAGUACGAACCAGGUGGGUCAUUUCCAGAAAGUCCUGACGGCAAUCGGUAACUUCUGUAUCUGCUCAAUUGCUGUCGGCAUGGUUGUUGAGAUCAUUGUCAUGUAUCCGAUCCAAAGGCGCAAGUACAGGGAUGGGAUCGACAACCUCCUGGUCCUCCUGAUUGGAGGUAUACCGAUUGCUAUGCCGACCGUCCUGUCUGUCACCAUGGCCAUUGGUUCCCACAGGCUAUCCCAGCAAGGUGCCAUAACGAAGAGAAUGACGGCUAUCGAGGAGAUGGCUGGCAUGGAUGUGCUUUGCAGCGACAAAACAGGAACCUUAACUCUCAAUAAGCUGAGUGUGGAUAAAAAUCUCAUCGAGGUGUUCGCCAAGGGGGUGGAAAAGGAUCAUGUGAUCCUGUUGGCAGCUAGAGCUUCAAGGACUGAGAACCAGGAUGCUAUUGAUGCAGCUAUGGUGGGCAUGCUUGCAGAUCCCAAGGAGGUACUGCUCGGAGAUAGAAUUCGGUUUUAAAGAAAUAUCUCUUCGAUGACAAAUUGUUAAUCUAACCUCCUUUUUGUUCUCAAAAUCAACGAUAGGCGAGGGCUGGCAUCAGGGAAGUGCAUUUCUUCCCUUUCAACCCUGUUGACAAACGAACUGCGUUGACGUAUGUUGACUACGAUGGUCAUUGGCAUCGGGCCAGCAAAGGAGCUCCAGAGCAGGUGCGGCGACUCUUCUCGCUUUCUUUUGUGUUCUCCUUGUCUAGCUUCUGUCAUAUUGACCCGGCCUGGUGGAUUGCUGAAAAAAAUAGAUUCUGAGUCUCUGCAACUGCAAGGAGGAUGUCAGAAGGAAGGUUCAUUCGGUGAUUGAGAAGUACGCCGAACGUGGCCUCCGGUCCUUGGCCGUCGCUCGCCAGGAAGUUCCUGAGAGGUCAAAGGAGAGCCUUGGUGGCCCCUGGCAGUUUGUUGGCCUUCUGCCUCUGUUCGACCCCCCAAGGCACGACAGUGCAGAGACCAUCCGCAGGGCUCUGAAUCUUGGAGUGAAUGUGAAGAUGAUCACUGGUAAGCUGUGCAGAAGUUACCGCAAUACUUGGCUUCCUCUCGACAGCUUUACUGAACUUUAACUUUUGUAUCCUUAGGGGAUCAGCUUGCCAUCGCGAAGGAGACAGGACGCAGGCUCGGUAUGGGAACUAACAUGUAUCCUUCCUCUUCGUUGCUCGGUCAAGACAAGGAUUCAUCCAUUGCGUCUCUCCCUGUGGAUGAGUUGAUUGAGAAGGCUGAUGGAUUUGCUGGAGUAUUUCCUGGUGGGUUUAAUGUCCAUAUAUCUUAUUAUAUGCACUCCUAAUUCUGGAAAAUUAAUUUUUUUCCACAGAGUAAACAUGACCUUAAUGCUUUUCAACUCCAUGCAGAGCACAAAUAUGAAAUCGUCAAGAAGUUGCAGGAGAAGAAGCAUAUCUGUGGAAUGACAGGAGAUGGUGUGAAUGAUGCGCCAGCUUUGAAGAAGGCUGACAUUGGUAUUGCUGUUGCUGAUGCCACUGAUGCUGCUAGAAGCGCAUCCGACAUUGUGUUGACUGAGCCUGGUCUGAGUGUCAUCAUCAGUGCCGUCCUUACCAGCAGAGCAAUUUUCCAGAGAAUGAAGAACUACACGGUAGUUCAUCUCUCCAUAUAGUAACUUUCGUUAAUAAUAAUAAGGCUCAUAAUUUUUUUGAUACGGAUAUGCCUCAUUUUUCGUUCUUUUGUUUUUUCUUUGCCAGAUUUAUGCAGUCUCAAUCACCAUUCGUAUUGUGGUAAGCAUCUGAUCAUUGGAAUCCUAAUCGAGUUCAUAUGCACCCUCCCACCCAUUGGUCAAACUCUCGAUCUGAUUCGGGUCAUUCAGCUGCUCUCUGACCUCUCUCUUCUUCCAAAAUUUUCAGCUUGGUUUUCUGCUCAUUGCCUUAAUAUGGAAGUUUGACUUUUCACCCUUCAUGGUUCUGAUCAUAGCCAUCCUAAAUGACGGUAAGUUGCACCUAAGAUAAGGAAAUUAGUCCUUAGAUACUUUUGAGUAAUGAUACUUUAUCGCUACCGUCUCUUUUAAUUUAUUUUUUUUCUUAUUAUAUAGGCACAAUCAUGACAAUAUCCAAGGACAGAGUGAAACCAUCACCUCUGCCUGACAGCUGGAAACUCAAAGAAAUCUUCGCAACUGGAGUAGUUUUGGGCAGCUAUCUGGCAUUGAUGACGGUUAUUUUCUUCUGGGGAAUGAAAGAAACUAACUUCUUCUCGGUGCGCAAUUAUAUCUCCUCCAUGCAAUCUUUCCCGAGCGAUUAAUUUCGCUUCUUCCUCGUGAUUAAUUAUGGAGGAUUGGAAUCUGAAGGCUCUGCAGCCUGGCGUACUAUAAAUUGGUCACUCACGUGAAAUUUGGUACCUUGAUGCAGAAGAAAUUCGGUGUGAGGUCACUGAGGAACAGUGAAGACGAAAUGAUGGCUGCCCUGUACCUACAAGUCAGCAUCGUGAGUCAGGCUCUCAUCUUCGUAACUCGAUCUCGCAGCUGGUUCUUCGUUGAACGCCCCGGGCUUCUCCUCGUCACGGCCUUCGCCGUCGCUCAACUGGUAAUCUCCUCAGAUUAUUUUAAUCACGAAGUAAAACUUGAGCAUGGAUGAGUAAUUGGACAAAAGAGAUUAAAUGCCGAAGAUAAAUGCAUUUUGACUUUGUUCUUGAUGUGAGACAAGAACGCAGCUGGGUGCAAAAUUGCGUGAAAGUCAGCGCGGAAACCUAUUAUUCAUCUCUUGCUCCAUCCAUGGCUGAACCUUCGUAUGUUUCUCGCAGGUGGCCACUCUUGUAGCCGUCUACGCGGACUGGGGUUUUGCGAGGAUCAAAGGGAUCGGGUGGGGCUGGGCUGGAGUCAUCUGGCUCUACAGCAUCGUCACCUUCUUCCCUCUUGACUGGCUCAAGUUCUUGAUCCGCUACGUACUUAGCGGAAAGGCGUGGGAUAAUCUCCUAGAUAACAGGGUAUGGCUUCUCCCACCUCCGCUUCCAGUUCUCCACACCCAGGAAGAUGAUUAAUUCUCUCUCUCUCUCUCUGUCUAUUUGCAGAUUGCCUUCACCACUAAGAAGGACUACGGUAUAGAGGAAAGGGAGGCUCAGUGGGCCACAGCCCAGAGAACCCUCCACGGCCUCCAGAACCCACAAACGGCCACCCUCUUCUCCGACAAGAGCAGCUACCGAGAGCUCUCAGAGAUCGCCGAGCAGGCCAAGAGGCGAGCCGAGAUCGCAAGGUCUGUGCUUUUCUUCUUCCAAUUAGACUGAUCAACCCAUAACCACCAUGACAAUCCCGAAUCCCGCCUCAAUAGUCAACGACCGCCCGCUCAUUAACCACCAUAGAAUCGCUCCCAAGAAGCAGUCAACGACUUUCCUUCCGUGCUGAUCUUUCCAGGCUUCGGGAGCUGAACACUCUUAAGGGCCACGUGGAAUCAGUGGUGAAGCUGAAGGGGCUCGACAUUGACACCAUCCAGCAGCACUACACGGUGUGA